UUAAACGGAUUUGAGCGCCAUUUACGACUUUAUUGACAGUAACAACCAAAACAUUUGAAUUUGAUGGUGUAAUCAACAGUUAACCAAAAUGCACAUUAAGUCGAUGGUCGUUGAUGGCUUCAAGUCAUACGCCCAACGUACGGAAAUAAAUGGAUUUGAUCCAUUAUUCAACGCUAUUACAGGUUUGAAUGGAAGUGGAAAAUCAAACAUCCUCGAUGCGAUAUGUUUUCUUCUCGGCAUUACCAAUCUUUCACACGUCCGAGCUGGUAACUUACAAGAUUUGGUGUACAAAAGUGGUCAAGCAGGAGUCAUCAAGGCAACUGUCAGCAUCACAUUCGACAACAAUGACAAGAAACAGAGCCCUUUGGGGUAUGAACAGUAUGAUGAGAUCACAGUUACACGACAGGUGGUCAUUGGAGGACGUAACAAGUACCUCAUCAAUGGAAGCAAUGCCAACAAUGCCCGAGUCCAGGAUCUCUUCAGAUCUGUCCAGCUCAACGUCAACAAUCCCCAUUUUCUUAUCAUGCAGGGGCGGAUUACCAAGGUUCUCAACAUGAAACCACCAGAGAUCCUCUCAAUGAUCGAGGAGGCAGCAGGCACCAGACUUUAUGAGACAAAGAAAGAAUCUGCUCAGAAGACAAUCGAGAAGAAAGAUGCCAAGCUUAGAGAAAUUGAUGCUGUGCUGAAAGAGGACAUCACUCCCACCCUGGCCAAGUUGAAGGAUGAAAGGUCGUCCUACCUGGAGUACCAGAAGAUUGUCAGAGAGCUGGAGCAUCUCAACAAGCUGUAUGUCGCUUACCAGUUUGUGUGUGCUGAGGGUCGAAAAAAGAAAUCUUCUGAAGAGCUGGAAGAAAUGCUGGAGCUGAUUAAAACUUCCAAAGAUAAAAUUGUUGAGACUGAGAACAAAGUGAAGGAAUUGGAUAAAGAAAUUGCAGAGUUGGAAAAGAAGAGAGAUGAGGAGUCUGGCCAUGUGAUGGAGAAAUUGGAGGAGAAACUAGCCAGUAGGCAGAAGAUGGACGCCCUGGCUCAGAGCUCUGUGGACAACAAGAAGGAAUCCAUCAAGGCUGAACAGAAGAAGAAAAAGGAACUCAACAAGAACUGUGACGAUAACAAGAAGGCGUUGGCAGCUCGAGACAAGGAUCUGGACAAGUUGAACAAAGACCUGGACAAGUUGAAGGAGCAGAGUGAAACUGAUCAUGAAGCUCAUGUAGCUGCCCAGAAACACUUCCACGCUGUCAGCGCUGGUCUCUCCAGCAACACAGACGGAGAGGAUGCCACGCUCAAUGACCAACUCAUGACUGCAAAGAGUGAAAUCAGCACUGCUGAAACCGAGACUAAACAAGCCCAGAUGAAGCUGAAGCAUGCCCAGCAGGAGGUGAAGAAGAAGCAGACUGAGCUGAAGAAGACGGAGCAGGGAUACAAGAAGGACCAGGCAGCUUACGAGGCCGUACAGCAGAGCAUGAAGAAGAUUCAGGCUGAGAUGAAGAAAUUGGGAUUUGAGGAGGGUCGUGAUGAGAAACUGCUCGGGGAGAGGAGAAGUCUCAGUCAGGAUGUCCAAAAACUGCAGGACAGGGUGGAGACGCUGGAAGCAAGAUUUCCACAGCUCAACUUCCAGUAUACUGAUCCCGAGAAGAACUUUAACCGUUCCAAGGUGCACGGCUUGGUGUGUAAGCUGGUGAAGGUGAAGGAAGUGCGCACUGCCACAGCCCUGGAGGUUGCUGCUGGGUCAAGACUGUACAAUGUAGUGGUGGACACGGAGGUGACAGGCAAGAAGCUGCUACAGAAGGGGGAGCUACGACGGCGGUACACGAUCAUCCCUCUCAACAAGAUCUCCGCACGUAGCAUUGAUAAUGCUACAGUCAAGAGAGCACAGGACCUGGUUGGCAAAGACAAUGUGAACACAGCCCUGUCUCUGAUCGGCUAUCAGAAGGACCUGGAGGCAGCCAUGCAGUAUGUGUUCGGCUCGGCCUUUGUGUGUGAGGACAUGAAUACAGCCAAGAAGGUGACAUUUGACGAGAAAGUGAUGAAGAAGUCGGUCACACUUGAGGGAGACUCGUUUGACCCUGCUGGUACCCUGACUGGAGGUGCCCGCGCACAGACCAGCUCCAUCCUGGAGAAGCUGCAGGAGGUGCUGGAGGUGGAUGAGCAGCUGCACGCCAAGAGAGACCAGCUGCAGAAGGUGGAGAAGGAGCUGGCUGCCAUCAAGUCCACCUCCGAGAAGUUCACCCAACUGAAACAGCAGUAUGAGUUGAAGAACCAUGAGUCAGAGCUUGUGAAGGCCCGGCUAGAACAGAGCACCCAUCACCAGCAGCUGGAGGAGAUCAGCAGUCUCAACAACUCCAUUGAGGAGCAGGAGGGGAUCCUGAAGAAAGCGGAGGAGACGCAGAAUAAAGCUGCCAAGAAGGUGAAGGAUCUCCAGGACAAGAUCAAGAAUGCCAAGGCCAUCCGGGAGAAGGAGAUGAAGGAGGCGGAGGACAGUGUCAACAAGCUCAAGAAGAAGAUGCAGGAGUCCAGCAAGAAGACCAAGGAGAAGCUGGUGGAGGUGGACAGCAUCAAGCUGGAGGCGGAGGAGUUGCGGAAGGAGAUCGUCAACUACGAGGAACAGCUGAAGUCUGUGGACACCAACACUGCCGAUCUGGAUGAGCAGGUGAAACAGCUGCAGGAGAAGCUGCAGGAGACAAAGGCUGCAGUGAAAGAGGCCCAGGGAGAGGUGAACCAGCAGAAGGAGCUGCUCAAGUCGCGCAACAAGGACAUCAACAGCAUGGUGGCAGCUCAGAGGGACCUGCAGAAGGAGAACAACAGCGCUCAGCUCAAGAUCCAGGAGAUGGAACACAAGAUUACCAAACACCAGAAAGACUCCCGAGAUGCUGUGAAGCAGGUUGAGGCCAUGAUAAUGAAGUAUGACUGGAUAGCUGAUGAGAAGAAGUACUUUGGUCAGCCAAAUACGGCCUAUGACUUCGAGACCAACAAUCCCAAAGAAGCAGAACGCAGGAUCCAGAAACUGCAGGAGACCAAGGACAAACUCUCCAAGAAUGUCAACAUGAGGGCCAUGAAUAUGUUGGGCAAGGCAGAAGAACAGUACAAUGACCUAAUGAAGAAGAGGAAGAUUGUCCUUAACGACAAAGCCAAAAUUGCUGCAGUCAUCAAUGAACUGGAUGAAAAGAAGAACGAAGCUUUGAAGAAAGCUUGGGAGCAGGUCAACAAGGACUUUGGUUCCAUCUUCUCAACCCUACUUCCUGGAACACAGGCCAAACUCUCACCCCCUGAAGGGCAGACUGUCCUUGAUGGCCUGGAGGUCAAGGUCGCAUUUGGUGAUGUGUGGAAGGAAUCAUUAGGUGAACUUAGCGGAGGUCAAAGAUCCUUAGUGGCAUUGUCCCUCAUCUUGUCCAUGCUGCUGUUUAAACCUGCACCUAUCUACAUCCUGGAUGAGGUUGAUGCGGCUCUUGAUCUCUCACAUACUCAGAACAUUGGCCAGAUGAUCAAGUCUCACUUUAAACACUCGCAGUUCAUCGUCGUCUCCCUCAAGGAUGGUAUGUUCAACAAUGCUAAUGUACUGUACAAGACCAAGUUUGUUGAUGGAGUUUCCACAGUGUCACGGCAUGUACAACAUACGUCAUCGCGAUCCACAACAUCAGGCAUCAAUGACAAGGAAAACGAGAAAACAGGAGGCAAGAAAAGGGCGACAUCAAAGCGAACAAGGAUAGAAGAUACUCCCGGCUUUUAGAAAUACAAGAUCUGGAGAACUUGUUGUUUGUGUACAAGUGCUAAUUGUAUAUAUCAGUUAUCAUUAAUGACAGUGUGGACUUUCUGGUACAAGGUUACCAGUAUGUUGAAAACUGAAACAGUCUAUUGCACUUGUGAAUGUUUAGCCAUAGGUACUUAAAUCUUGGAUGAAAUGAAGAAAGUUUUGUACCAAGAAUUACAUAGGACUGCCAAAAUGUUUUAUAUCAGGAAAUGAUUUUUCUAAUUUAACUUUUAUCAUGCAACACGAUUUCAAAAGAGAACUGAUUAUCAUUAACUCCUUUUCUUUUCAGUUUUUUAUUUUCUAACAUCUAUUUUCUUAGAUUGAUCUAGAAAUGUAAAUGCUGAAACAUUUGAAGUGAGACAUAUGACCAUCUUUUAAUCAUGUAGUCUGGGUGGUGUGCCUGAAUAGUUUACGACUUAUUAUGCCACAGUUUAGGGGAUAAUAUAUAACGGAUGCUAUCAUUUUGUCAGUAGGUGUAUUGACCAAAACACUGAAAAUCCUUGGAAAUUCAGUCAGUACAGUUUUGCAUUGAAAAGAAUUUUAAAAUGGAUUGUACCAGCAGGGGAAAUGGGAGAACUGUGUAAUGUGUGAUCUCUUUCACAUUAAAACAGUCAUACGCUGGUAAUAAUCUCGUUAAACUGCUGUCAUAAAUCUGACUGUAUUUUUCCACCUAUGGAGAGUUCCUUGUGUAGCAUUAUAUCAUCGGUUUGUAUCAUUUGUAAAUAGAACCAUGUCUGUCACUUCUUUCUUAAGUUCACCCUAAUCUGUGUCUAUCACUCUGUCACUGUCAUAUAAUCAUGUCGAUGGAUCUUUCACUGAUUUGGUUUGAAAGCUUUUGCACAUAAUCAAGAAAAUUAAUCAUCUCAAAGUGUCUCAAGAUCUCCGAUUCAUGUAACUUUCAGUUCUGUUUAAGUCAAUACGUCCAAUGUUAAUGGAGACAGUGUCAUUUGUAUAGGUAUUUUGUCAAGACAAAAUUAAAAAAAUACAUUCAGUGGAGAAAAUAAAUAAUGAGAUGGUACCUA